CCAAGGGCCCCUGAAUCUUGGGCUGGAUGGACACUGUGGUGGAAAGGAGCUCGAACUUGAAUGGACAUGGCAGUGUAGAUGCAGAAGAAGUCCAGUCCACCUUUUCAUCGGAUUGGGCGAGGCGCUCGGAGGGGUCCCGCACCCCUCCCCUUGGAGCAGGGGGCGUGGCGUGUGGGUGGGCGUGUCCCGCGCGGGCCCUGUCCUGGCGCUGCGGGCGGCGGGCAGGCAGACGGCCGGAGGGAGCUGCGCGGAGCGGGCGCGCCUGGCUCCUCCGCUCGUCAUGCAUGCUGCCCGGGCUCUGCUCUCCGCCGUGUCCCUCGCCUCCUGCCUCCUCCUCCUCUGGGGCCACUUGCCCUGCGGCCACCCGGCCUCCAUCCCCUCCUCCAGGCCUCCUCCUCCUUUCCGGGAGCCCCCCCAGGCAGGCAUGCGAGAGGCUGCCUCUCCGCGCGUGGAGCCCCCCGAGUACAUGCUGUCCCUCUACCGGACCUCCUCCGCCUCGCCCGGCAGCAACGCCAGCUUCUCCCGGGCGCCCAAAGCCGCCAACACCGUCACCAGCUUCGUGGACCGAGGGAGAGACGAUCUCCCGCCGGGCGCUUUAAGGCGACAGAAGUAUUUGUUUGAUGUCUCGACCCUCUCGGAGAAGGAGGAGCUGCUGGGAGCGGAGCUGCGGCUCUUCCGCCAGGCGCCGGGCCCUCUUUCCCCUUCCUCGGGGGCCGAGGCGGGCCUGGCCCGGCUGCACGUCUCGCCUUGCCUCCCGGGCCGCGCCCCGGCCUCGCGGACCUUGAGGGGCCUGAGGGCGCGCCAGGAGGGCCAGUGGCUCGUCUUCGACCUGUGGCCCGCUCUGCAGCACCACAAGCACCACCGCCUUGGGAGGAAACACCACCACCAGCAGCGCCUGCUCUGCCUGGAGCUGCGCGCCGUCGAGGGUUCGCGCUCGCUUUUGGACCUGGGUGGGCUGGGUUUGGGCCGGGCCGGGCGCGGGCAGGAGGAGAAGGCGCUGCUGGUGGUCUUCUCCAAGUCGAGGCGGAAGAACCUCUUCUCGGAGCUGCGCCCUGAGAAGGAGGCGAGGAAGAAGGGCGCCCGGCGGACGCGGCGCACGGCCUACAGCAGCCGGCACGGGAAGCGGCACGGGAAGAAGGCCCGGCUGCGGUGCAGCAAGAAAGCCCUGCACGUGAACUUCAAGGAGCUGGGCUGGGACGACUGGAUCAUCGCGCCCUUGGAGUACGAGGCCCACCACUGCGAGGGCGCCUGCGACUUCCCGCUGCGCUCCCACCUGGAGCCCACCAACCACGCCAUCAUCCAGACCCUCAUGAACUCCAUGGACCCCGGCGCCACGCCGCCCAGCUGCUGCGUGCCCACCAAGCUCAGCCCCAUCAGCAUCCUCUACACCGACGCCGGGAACAACGUGGUCUACAAGCAGUACGAGGACAUGGUGGUGGAGUCCUGCGGGUGCAGGUAGCGGCCCCGCCUCGCCCUCGCCCUCCCGGGAAAGUGGAGGGGAGAACGGAAGGAAGAGAGCCGCGCCCCGAGGAAGAGGAGGAGGAGGAGGAAGAAGGGAAGGAUGCCAGCAAGGAGGAACUGCCAGGGCUGGCCCUGCGGGAGGAGAGCCGGGGAAGAAGCGCUCCCAGGGGAGGGAGGGAGGAGCGCACAGACAGAGAGGACCUCUCAGCCAAGACAAGCCCUCUUCACGGGGAUCUGCAGGGGGCUGGACGGCAAAGGCUUAGGCCUCAUCCACACCAUGAGAAGCUGUUGGACCACAACUCCCAGCUCCCCCCAGCCUAAAGAGCUGACACCUGAGAACACCUGCUCUGGCCUUUGCACUGUUCAAGGCCUACAACUUCCCUCUUUAGGGAUCUUCUAGCUGUCAUUCUGAUGCAGUGGUGCCCAAUCUAUGGUCCACAAGAACUAUAAAAUGGUUCGCAGCCUCAUCUUUACUGCUACAGAUAAUAAUACAGCCCAACCAAAUUUUUCUUCUUCUUCUUUAUGUCUUUGUUUUUAGGCUUGUUCCUGGGGUUAUUUGGGUGCUUUUUUUAAAUUUUUAAAUUUUCAUUGGAUAGACCACAUCAGCUCUGGAUUAUUAAAUAUGGUUUUCUGUGGGUGAGCAGAUGGCGACUACUGGACGGCAUAUGUGUUCUGUAUCAGACACUAGAGUUGAUGUGGUCUAUCCGAUGCAAUGUUCUGAAUCAGCACUCCAAAUAACCAAACCGAAUCUAAAGUUGACCAAAAACUUACUUGUAACUCUUUUGAUACUAAUGUUGGAAAGUGGUGCCUGGUCAAAAAAUGGUUGGGAACCACUGUUCUAAUGAGUCAGGCAACCAAUUCAGGCCUGGGCAAACUUCGGCCCACCGGAUGUUUUGGACUUCAACUCCCACAAUUCCUAACAGCCUACUGGCUGGGUUGCUGUGGGUUUUCCAGACUGCAUGGCCAUGUUCCAGAAGCAUUCUCUCCUGAUGUUUCGGCCACAUCUGUGGUGGAAUCCUUAGAGGUUGUAAGGUUGUAAGUGGGGUUUUUAUAUCUGUGGAAGGUCCAGGGUGGAUGCCUGUUGGAACCAAGUGUGAAUGUUGCAAUUAUUCACAUUGAUUAGCAUUGAAAAACCUUGCAGCUUCAAGGACUGGCUGAUUCCUGCCUAGAGGAAUCCUUUGUUGGGAGAUGUUAGCUGGCCCCGAUUGCUUCAUGUCUGGAAUACUUCAUGUCUGGAAGCAUGUGGACAAUUUCAGCAGAAAGGAGAAAACCAUGAAAAUGAACAAAAUCUGGCUAAAAUCAGGACAUUUAAUAAAGAACACCAGUCUGAAAAUGGGAAUCGAGACAUGAAACCAUCAGAGUCAGCUAACACCUCCCAACAAAGGAUUCUCCCAAGCAGGAAUCAGCCAGGUCUUGAAGCUGCAAGGCUUUUCAGUGCUAAUCAAGGUGAUUAAUUGUAGCAUUCACACUUGCCUCCAACAAGCAAAAGUUUUUUUUUCCACCCUGGACCUUCCGCAGAUAUAUAAACAUGUUGUUUUGUAAGUCUGUAGGAAGCUACCUUUCUACUCAGUCAGUCCAUUUGGCCAAGGUAGUUGUUAACUCUGACAGACAGGCAGAGCUCUCCACAAUGGUGAGAGCAAUGUUCCCCUGCUCUUAGGGCAUCCAGUGGUUUUCACACUGACCAUUUAAUGUAGCUUAAGCCAUGGCAGUCAGACAAGGACCUCCCACAAAGUGCACAAAAGAAAGUUUUUUUUUUUGGGAGUGCCUGUGGUUUUGUAUAAUCAUCCUGCAAACCUCAAACUACUCCCAGGACUUCCUCUGUAGUCAUCUGUACAAUUGACACAACUGGUUGGAAACAACAUUGGUCAGUGUAGAUGGCCCUGUUAGCUUGGAAUAUCAGUAUGAAAAGGCAUCGUGUAGCAUCUUGGAGACUAAAUGGAAUAUCUUGGUAGCAGAAGCUGUGGUAGACUUAAAUCUAAAUUUCAGUGUAUCAAAACUCAUGCUACCAACAUCUUCUCUCACCUAGGAUGCAUGAACUCUAAUUAAUGCAGUUUCACACCACUUUAAUAGCUAUGGCUCAUUGCUAUGGAAUGAUGUGAGUUGUAGUUUGGUAGUUUGUAGUAAGGUGACCACACUCUUUGGCACAGAAGGCCCAAGGCCUUGUAAAACUGCAACUCCCAUGUUUGCAUAACACUGAAUCAUGACAGUUAAAGUGGUGUCAAACUGUAUUAAUUCCACUUUAGGUCAUCAGAUGUAUAGAGAGGAGUGCCUAGAUUUAAGUCUACCUAGGUUGAUACUGGAGCCCCAGGUGGCGUAGCGGAUUAAACCAUUGAGCUGCUGAAUUUGCUGACUGAAAGGUCAGUGGUUCGAAUCCGGGGAGUAGGGUGAACUCCUGCUGUUAGCCCCAACUUCUUCCACCCUAGCAGUUCAAAAACAUGCAAAUGUGAGUAGAUCAAUAGGUACUGCUCUAGCAGGAAGAGCACCAACCUCCAGGGUCGGACCCAACUAGACUGAAUGUCAGAGGAAAACCUUUAACUUAGGUUGAUACUACCAACAUCUCUCAUCUUUGAUGUAGAUUUAAUGCAGUUGAACUGCCAUGGCUCAGUGCUAUGAAAUCACGAGAGUUAGACUUCUCUGCCAAAGAGUGCUGAUACUUCAACAAACCGCAACACCCAUGAUUCCAUGGCAUUGAGCCAUGGCCGUUCAAAUGGAGUCAAACUGCAUUCAUUCUACAAUGUAGAUGCACCCUUUGUCUCAAAGGUGCUACCAGAUGCUUUGUGCACAUGCAAAUUGUGAGGCAGCCCUCCAACCCGCCUGCAAUGUCCCUGCACAUGCACAGCCCCCUCCCUGGACUGUCACUCGGCUUGACAAAGUUCAGGUUCUGUUUUCUCUCUUUGUAGGCUGACGGUGGUCUCUUUCCCCAGUCGUGCAUAAAGAGGAUGCGCGAGGCCCUUUCCAGAGAGUAAGGAGCCUCAUGAGGCCCUUUAUUGUGGAAACCUCAAUUGCAGAAUUUGAGGAAAAGGGAGGAGAGAGUUAGGAAAGUGGAUGCCAUAUUCCCUUUGGACUAGCCAGCCAUACACAGCUUCACUGCUUUGGGUGUAGACAAAGGGAGCAUAAGUGGGCAACUAAGUCCUUUGUCUCUUUAAAAUAUAAAUUAUAGCUGUGGUCUAGAUGUAAUGACUGUUAGGACAGGGGCAAAAUAAAGGCAGUGCUCCCCCCACCCAAAAGAACUCUGCUCUGUUAGAUGAGAUUUUGCUUCAUUCUCCAAAUAUCUAGCAUUACAGUUAUUUCAGCUUCAGCUGAGCAUUUUGAAAGACAGGGUCUGGCAAAUUUACCAAGGAAAUGUAACACACAGGAAAUAUGAGUUCUAAGAGUGAACAGUUUGCAAUGUCUCAAUCUCUGUAGCGCUACACACUGGGUGUCUGAAAGACUACUUUAUUUGACCUGCAGAUAGAGAGGCACCUAGCAUAGGGGUGGGGCGGAGGGACAAGUAGAGAGGCCCUGUUCCAUAUCUGUUGUACAGAAACAUUUACCAGAUUGGAACAGCCAGAAGUAGGUAAAGCUUGGACAUGUCAUGUCUAAAGGAUUAAACCCUUGUGCUAUCUGAACUGCUGACCUGAAGGUUGGGUUGCUGACCUGAAGGUUGCCAGUUUGAAUCCAAAGAUGGGGUGAGCUCCUGUCUGUCAGCUCGAGCUUGCGGGGACAUGAGAGAAACCUCCCAGUAACACAUCCGGGCAUCCCCUGGGUAACGUCUUUGUAGACGACCAAUUAUCUCACACAAGAAGCGACUUGCAGUAUGUUCUCAAGUUGCUUCUGACACGGUAAAAAAGUCAUGUCUUUGGAUGGCAUCUCCAAGAAUCCACACAUCAUAUUGACUGGGGGAUUCUGGGAAUUGUAGCCCUAUCCAUUAAAGAUUAACCAGGUUCCUUGGGUAACAGCUUGUGAGGACUCCAGAGGCAAGCAAAGAAAGUAACAGAGAGGUAACCCAAAAAAAGGUUGUUUAAAAAGUAAAUUCUCCAAGUGCUGGAUGUAAGGAAAGUCAUGACCAUUCCAUUCAGUGAUGCUUAUGAUGGAUUUUCCCUUCAGCAUAGGGCAGGAGGUACAUUCAAGAGAGUUUUAAAAAGAAAAGCACCCUCUUCUUCUUUAUGUCUUGCACCAGUAAUCCUGUGUGUAGAAACUCUGUAGAAGUGGCUGCCGGAUGCUUCAUUAUUCUGAGCUGGAGUCCAUCCAAGAGUAAGAGGUUUCAGGGGAAAAUACAUCAGCUAUGCAGUCCUUUCAAGAGGUUGUUGGGGUAGGGUCAAAAAAAGAAUAAAGAGAAAGAAGAGGAUGUACAGUGCUUCCCCUUUUAAGUAUGUGUGGACUCCUAUUCUUACAACUGUCUGAUGGUGCAGACUUUUAAGAGUCACCAUUGGAAAGAACAACUGCAGAAAAAGAACUCGUCAGACCUUCUUUUUUCAAAAACCCAAACUACAGAAAACAGUGUUUUUUUGCUCUGCUGUUACAUUAUGAGAUAAUGAGGCCGAAUAGGUUUCACACUACUCCUCCCCCAUGCAGUGUUUGAUUCCAGGCUGUAAUUACCAGUCGCUUGGCCUUUAAAUCUUAGUAAUGAGAAGCUGCAAAAAGUUCCCAAAAGCACAGACAAAGCAAGGGUUGCUGGUUUUUUCUUUUUUUCUUUAGCGUGAGUGUGGAAGCGCCUUUUAAUUUCAGAGUUACCCAGUAAAAAGUUAAUAAGUUCCAGUUCAAGCAGAUAGGCAGGUGCCUCUUCGCGGUGCAGCAGUAUUAAUGCGGUGGAUGCAAAUAUGACACUGCGGGAGAAGCGUCCUGCCAGACGUCCACAAAUAUGGCUCUGCAGGCAAAGAGAGGCACUUCUAAGCAUUCCUGAGGUCCAUUAGGAGUUUCCUCCCCUUCAGUGAGUUCUGGAGCAGUUCAGAGUCUGCUCGAGGAUCUGAUUUCAUUGUGUUGCAAAAUGGCUGGGGAGCUGAAGGGGAGAGUAUGUGUGAAAAAAAAAUUAAAUAGAUGAGUAUAAAUAAAUAAUAUAAAAUGCUAAAAAAGGAAAGUUUUGGCCAGGAGCAAUAUGUUUUUUAAUGCACACUUUGGUUUGGAUGCACUGUUGUUCCUUUGGAAGAUGUAAAUAUUUCUUUAUUUAAACAGACUGCAAAGUGCAAAAAAAAAAAAUGGAGGUGAACAAUGUGCAUUUCCUUCCCCAUCCCGUGUCCAGAACAUUAUAUGCACUCGAAUGUCUAAUAUUUUUCUAAAAAUUUAUAUUUGAGCUGUACAGAGUUAAGCAUUAAUCAAGUAUUUCCUUUGUAUGUCUGCAAUGUUAUCAAUAUUUUUUCCUUUUGAAAAUGUUAUUGCAGGAUUUAAAAUUCUGUGCUAAUAAUGGAGAACCUUUCUUCUUCUUCUGUUGUCUACCUCACCACCUUGGCAAGGGCAAAAUCCGCAAAGAAGAUCUGCCUCCCAUAUUCUUGCACAGUUCUUCCUCAUGUCAAUGACACUUGAGCAGGAGGAUCUUUCAGCUGUGUUGUUUUUAACUCUAACAGGAUACUCCUGUACACAUUUACUUGGGAGUAAGCCCUGCUGAACACAUACAAAUAGGAUUGCACUGUAACACUCUUUGAGGUAAAUUGAUAUCUAGAACUUUUUUUACAGUAUACUUUUACCGGAUCGUACUAAAAAUGAUGACUGUAUUAUUAAACUCUUUCCCUCCAAAGUCAUUUGCUAUUUUUUUGUUCUAUUCUGAUUAAAUAGUAUCACAUUCUUUUAUCUUAA